AUGGCGCUCCGUCGAUCUCAUCGAUCGCGAGGGAUACAAGAUGAUCCGCCAGAAUCAGAAGCUAAUAUGACGACCAGGUCCACAAGACAAACCCGUGCCGCUGCAUCUGUAUCUGCCGCUGCUUCGGUCUCAGUUUCUAGAUCUCCAUUGAACUCUGGGCAAUCAAAAAGAUCUCUCCGUCUGACUGUCAAAAUGCCCUCCAACAAAUUGCGAGAGGCUACAGGUAGUGGUCGCGCCGCUGGACGGCGGUCCGUCAAUGUUUUCCGGGAAGAUCCCAUUGUGUCGGGACCCCGCUCCAGUCGGAACCGAAAGAAGAUUGUAGAAGUUGCAACAAGCGACGAAGAUGAAAUCGAUGACCAGGAGGAGGACGAAGUCGACGAUGAAGAUGCUCCUGUUGAUGAUGACGAAGAUGCUGAUGCUGAUGCUGAUGCCGACGCUGACGCUGACGCUGAUGGCGACAUCGAUAUGGAUGACACCCCGCCACAACCGGCUAUCAGACGUGGUAAGGCCGCGCCAGUUCGCGCAAAGCCACCUAAGAGCGUUGAGGCCAAGGAGAUGGAGAUGGAUGAGGAUGAAGACGAAGAAGAGGAUGAGGAGGAAGAACCCAUUUCCGACACAGAUGAGGAUGCCGAAGGUGAGAUUGAGGACCAGGAUGAAAGCGCAAUCCCCGACGUCAAUGUCGAUGAUCUCGACGAUCUCGACGAGGAGGAUGAAUUAGACGACGAUUUGGAUAGCGAUGCUCUUGCUAUGCAAAGCGGGAAAACGACCAAGCGCCAAAGAGGAAAUCUUGGAAACGAUUUCCUGCAACUUCCUAUGGAGCCUCAAGUUAAGAAGCAUUUGACCGCCGAAGAGCGACAGAUGCGUCGCGCGGAAAUGGCCCGUAGAAGGAAGAACCUUAGCGAGAAGCGAAACGAAGAGGAGAAGAUGGACACAAUCAACCGACUUCUCAAGAAGCAGGCCCCUAAGCGACGGGGCCGAGCUGCGGCGAAUGAGGCUGGCGACGGCACUCCUGGCCAAGAAGGCGUUGAGACCGAAAAGGCCGAUCCCACAAUGGUUCGCUGGAUCAGUGGCUCUAAUGGCUGCAAAGUUAGCGUACCAGAAGAAUGGCUGGGAACGCCAGCUGGCCGCAUGUUUGGCGCACCUGUCCCUGCCACGGGAAAGAUGGUCGAAGAACUCUGA